AUUGAAACAGUUUCGACAAUUUCAAUUCGGCUGUCCAAGUGGACAUUUGCACCUGUAUUUUGUGUUUUGUUGUAGACGCUUCACGAUGACUUCAAUAAGUAUUUCGAAGGAAGGAGAAGUUUUUCCAGGCUUCUUGUAUGGUGAACAUAAUCCUAAUAAGUUUGGCGUGGUUGUUAUUCAGGAAAUAUGGGGUGUCACUGAUCCAAUCAAGUACAGAGCAAAGGAACUCAGUGAGGCACUGCAGUGUAAGAGUAUAGUGCCUGACCUGUACAGAGGAAAAAUCGCCAGAAAAAUCGACGAAGCAACCCAUUUUCGUCAACACUUAGACUGGAAAGGAGCAUUUCAAGAUGUUGAAGCUGCUGCGAAGUCGUUACGGAAUCAGUAUGGAUGUUCAAAAGUUGGAGUGGUUGGUUUUUGCAUGGGAGGAGCCUUGGCCUUGGCAGCAUCUGUGCUCUGCUCUGGUUUGGAUGCAACAGUCUGUUUCUAUGGCGUCCCAUCAGAAGAUUUGUGUGACUUGACAAAGAUCAAAAUUCCGGUUCAAUGCCACUUUGGAGAUAAAGAUCAUGCAAAAGGUUUCUCGGAUCCAGAAACGGCCCGUAGUUUGAAGGAGAAGUUGGAAAAGCAUAACAUUAUUCAUGAGUUUUACACUUAUCCAAAUGCUGGUCAUGCUUUUAUGAAUCCUCCAGAAGAAUGGGAUCCUGAAAUGCGUGAAAUGCUCAAGGAUCGUCUGGCAGGACAAUAUGACGAAGAAAGUCGAAAGGUUGCUCUUAAUCGGAUGCUUGCUUUCUUUAAGAAAUAUCUUUCUUGAUCAUUAGUUUUAUUGUUUCUACGUACUUGUUGGAUUUGUUCGUUUAAUAUAUAAAAAGGAGAUGUUCAGUGGUUUUCAGUCGAAC